UAUUUUUAUUAUUAUUCUGCAAAAUCAAAUUGCAAUAAUAAUCUUGGAGGAGGAGAAGAGAGAGAAAUAAAACAAGUUCUUCUUUGGCCUUGAGCACUAUUGGCAUUUGCAUUUUCAAUCUCUUUCACCUAACACCUUCUUUGCAUUCUUUUCUUCUUUUGCUUCAUUCUUCAAUUGGCGUGUGUCUCUUGCAAUCCCCCAAAGUUUGAUUUGAAGCAGGAGAAUGGACUUCUUUACUAGAGACAUAAAUGAGGACUCUAUGCUUAGAUGUCCAUUCUUGAGGAACAUCAAUGAGCCUACUAAUUUCUCAUUCUUUUCACCUUUGGCUUUACCGAUGCCUGUUCGUGGAGCUAAAGGUCCAAUUUUCGAAGAUGGCCCCAAUUUUGAUUUGGCAUUUAGGCUUUUCCAUGGGAGUGAUGGUGUAGUACCUUUAUCAGACAGAUCUUUCCGUCAUUCAGAGAAGAAAGUACAGCCAGAGCCUCCCAAAUCCCAAUUCAAUCCUUUAGCUGCAAAGGCAGCAACUAUUAGUUUGUCAUCAUUUGGAUUUGGCGGGCCUUUUGGUUUUGAUUCAUUUUCUGAGAAAUGGAACAACCAGAAAAAAAAAUCAAAAUCAUCAAAGAACGAACCAUCUUCACAGGAUGGUUCAAAGCAUGAGGCAGGCAAUGAUUGGUUGCAAAAUGGGAACUGCCCAAUAGCAAAGUCAUACCGUGCAGUUAGUAAUGUCCUUCCACUUGUUGCAAAGGUUAUUCAGCCUCCUCCAGGCAUGAAAUACAAGUGCCCACCAGCUGUAGUUGCAGCGCGGGCAGCCAUAGCACGCACUGCAUUUGCUAAGAACCUCCGCCCUCAGUCCCUGCCUACAAAGGUUCUUGUGAUUGGAAUGCUGGGCAUGGCGGCUAAUGUUCCCUUGGGUAUAUGGAGAGAACAUACUAAGAAAUUUUCACCAGCAUGGUUUGCUGCAGUUCAUGCGGCUGUUCCAUUCAUAGCAAUGCUGAGGAAGUCUAUCUUGAUGCCUAAAUCAGCAAUGGCAUUUACUAUUGCAGCAUCAGUGUUAGGCCAAGUAAUUGGUUCAAGGGCUGAGAGAUACAGGCUGAAGGCAGUUGCUGCUGGAAAGGUGUCUAUAGCAGAAACUUCUGGUGUUGGUCCUCACCAUCCACCACUGCCCAAAACAGUAGACAAGCACUGCGGUGAUGCUGCGGAUUGGAAUGCUGUUUCUCUGCAGCUGGCAGCAACUUCGUCAACUGAUGUAUUCUGCUGAUGAUUUAUUUGUUAUGUGUGUAAUUUGUUACUACUUAUUCGGUCCUCCCAUAUCACUCUGAAUGCCUCAGUUGGCAAUAAUAAAAGUAUUGAUGUUUUCUCAUAUGGAUUUUCCUCAAGUAUGCUCAAACAUAGAGACAAUAAAAUCUGUUAUAAUUAUUCA